UUCGUUCCUUAUUUGUUUCUCCUCUUCCUCUCCUCUUCUCUUCGACUCCUCCCUGCGAUCUUCCACAGUGUCACAGUUAUAGAAUAAAGCAAAAGAGUUUUUUUUUCCCUUUUCCUUUUUCUUUCAGAGAACUGAAAUAGAAACCUACAGGAGAGAUGCACGCUGAGGCUGGUCUUCAGCUGCCAGUCUUCUCACAGGGAUUCCUGCAAGAAGUAGCAGGCGGCGGCUACCUAGGACCCUACUCCCACCUUCCACUCUCCGACGACGAGAGCCUCCUAAAUUUCCAUGUCGGAAUCGCUGAUGGUGGGCUCAACCUGGGGAAUAUGGUACAGACUCCUACAGUAGCAGAGUAUGAUAUGGGAGGAGAAGGUGACCUUUUCAAGGCUCCAGAAGCCAUCCUAGAAGAGCCAGCACUUGAGCUUCAUAUUGCAGCUGCCAUGUCCAUCCUAUCCACCGGAGGAGAUGCCAUCACAGAACCUAUGAAGGUUGCUGAUAUGGAAUCCAUUCACCUCGACAGUGUAAUUUAUGGGUGCAAGAAGAAUCUGCUGGAGGAAUCAGAGAUAGAAGAUUCAAUUACAGAACUCCUAGGGGUAAUUCAUGAAGUUCCUUCUUUGGAAAAACUUGGCUCCACAGAAGGAUCAAUCCAAAAAAGUAUCAGUUCUGGGUCUCUGAAUUCAGUGGAGUUAAUUCGCAGCAGUACCAUGAGACCAGACCAAUUCUUUGAUCUCCAAGGAUUGGAUCUUGCAGCUGCAUAUAGCUUGAGGAGAGCAUAUAGUGAGGGAGACAUUCAGAGUCUUGGGAAUAAAAGCACAAGCACUGGAAAUACGGUCGCAGUGUGUUCUUCCUUUGAGCAGCUCCUAAUCAUCAGUGACCUUAAAACUGAACAACGACAGCAAAAACUAUCCAGGUACAGGGAGAAGAAGAGUAAGAGAAACUUUGGCAGAAAAAUCAAGUAUGCUUGCAGAAAGGCUCUUGCAGACAGUCAGCCAAGAGUUCGAGGAAGGUUUGCAAAAUCUGAAGAGUGUGAGAGUAGUCUAAAGGCAAACAUGCGAAUGCUAGUACUGCAUAGUCUUGACGGUGGGCACAAGCUCUCAGUUCACACAAAUUAUCAAGGGUGAAGCCAGCUGCGAGGACAAUGAACAAACAAGCUGCAGUGGAUGGAUAUCUCUGUAUCAACUAAGAAGUCAUAAAAUUAGCAUAUGAUGUAGCAACCCUCACUAGGUAGCCAAUGAAUCUGUAGAUCAGUAAAUGUAAAGUGGUUUGAAUAAAGAGGAAAUAUUUUCCUUGGGAUCAA